AUGAACAUUCUUUUACCGCUGACGACCUUGAUUGUGAGCUGGAGCCUGGACAGCACAGAUCCCGAUGCCCAAAAGCGAAUCUUUUUCAUUUUCGCCAUAGUGCACACCGCAAUCAUAUGUGUGGCUCUCUACAUCUUCUUCGAAAUUUGGCGCUGUGACGACCACACUCUCAUCCAGGUUAAGGAUCCCUACACCGACCAGGAGAGUAUUCAGAAGCACUGGGAGUACGACAUCGGGAAGCUGCGUGACCUGGUGGUGGUCAAUAUUGGCUUCUCUGCCGGGAUCAGCACGUUCUUGGCCUUGCGCUACGGCAUCUACUUCCCUCUGCUGUUGCAGAGCCUUAACAAUCCCAAGGGACUUUACUACUCGGAGCUGUUCCGCAUCUACGCGAAGAAGGAGCAGGCGGAGGGCGACCUGCAGCGUCCGUGGAAGGAGAAGAACACUUUGCCCGAGUGGGCGAAGGCACUGUGGACUCAGAGCGGGAAAGACUCGGAAAAACUGCUCGCCAACAGCGGGCUGGCUUCGCAGAGCCCGACUGGGGGCAGCAAGGCGUCGCGCAAGCGCAAGUAG